GCAGGCUUUAACCGAACCCAGUUCAGUCUCCCAAGUCCUGACCUGCUAGUUGUGCUGGGGAAGGGCAAGCGGGUACCUCAUGUGGCUCAUGGCUGUAUUGCUUCAGAUUCUUCUUCCCUCUGGGUCCGCACCAGCUAGAGGUUUGGGUAGUCCUGCUGUGCGUCUGCCCUCUGGUCCUGUGUGCCGGUAGUGGGGGGUUUCCCCUUUGAGGAAGAGCUGUGUUCUCAAGUCUAUGGGUAAGUCAUCUCCCCGGCUGGUCUGAGCUUUUGAAUGUCUUCCACCUUAGCCUUUGAACCUGAUUACCUCUCCUCCUGUGUCCCAUGUUUCGUUGUCUUUGAGCUAACAAGUUGCUUCUGCUGUCGUCUUCUCUUGCCCAACUCUUGUGGUGGUAAAUGCUCAGGAAUGCUUUUUUUCCAGAGUAAAGUGUAGAUGAAGAGUCGCUGGCCAGAACCACCUCCAGGGGGCCCUGGGCAGGGUCACUUGGUUCUCGGGGCCUCUGGACUAACCUUGAGUGAGUCUCAGCCCAGCCUCUGGUCAACAGAGUCUGAGUGGUUUCCCUAAUCAGCUCACUGAUCCAGGCUGUGCCGGGACUGUCAGCUAGAGGAAGUCUCUGAAGCAAACAGGAAGCAUGAGAGACACCCAUCAACUGGAAUUGCUCACCCUUGUACCAGGAAGGACAAAAAGUAUGAAGUGGGUGACUUCAUGGAUUAAAGAAGAGAAAGUCGGAGACCCCCCUCCCCAGUAAGUGCCUCUUCACAUAGCAUCGGCCCCCACCCCCACGCUCACUGGUACCACUACAGCGGGACAGGCCAUGGCGGGUCGGGGAGGUGCAGCGCGACCCAACGGACCAGCCGCUGGGAACAAGAUCUGUCAAUUUAAGCUGGUCCUACUAGGGGAGUCCGCGGUGGGCAAAUCCAGCCUCGUCCUCCGCUUUGUCAAAGGACAGUUCCACGAGUACCAGGAGAGCACGAUUGGAGCGGCCUUCCUCACACAGACUGUCUGCUUGGACGACACAACAGUCAAGUUUGAGAUCUGGGACACAGCUGGACAGGAGCGGUAUCACAGCCUGGCCCCCAUGUACUAUCGGGGGGCCCAGGCUGCCAUCGUGGUCUAUGACAUCACCAACACAGAUACGUUUGCACGGGCCAAGAACUGGGUGAAGGAGUUACAGAGGCAGGCCAGCCCCAACAUCGUCAUCGCGCUCGCGGGUAACAAGGCAGACCUGGCCAGCAAGAGAGCCGUGGAAUUCCAGGAAGCACAAGCCUAUGCAGACGACAACAGUUUGCUGUUCAUGGAGACAUCAGCAAAGACUGCAAUGAACGUGAAUGAAAUUUUCAUGGCAAUAGCUAAGAAGCUCCCCAAGAAUGAGCCCCAAAAUGCAGCUGGUGCUCCAGGCCGGAACCGAGGAGUGGACCUCCAGGAGAACAACCCAGCCAGCCGGAGCCAGUGCUGCAGCAACUGAGCCCCCCUUGCCUGCCCAUUGCCCCCACCUCCUCCGCCUCAACGACCCGACUGGAACCAAUCUAACCAAUCGCACUUAACGACUCGGGCCACCACUGGGGGGGCAGGGGGAGGGGUCCACCAUGAUUUCUCCGUAUAAUUUUGAUCAUAGGCCGGAGUGAGUUAUUCCACCUGCACCUUUCUGUACAAAUACUAAUUCAAUUUUAAGUCUUAAGUCACUUUUUUAAUAUAUAUGAUCUUCUGCUCUUCCCACUUCCUGCCCUUUCUACUGCUCUCCCACUCUUCCUUUGCUGGUAGUAGCCACGUACCCCUGUCCCCCACCCUUGUAUAUGGGGAGGUGGGGGCUGGAGCAGUUGCCCUUCUUUCCCUCUUGCUGAUCAGCAGACUCAGCAAGAGCAUCCAUAUCCUUACUGUGUUUGGAGUGGGCUGGUUCUGGGCGGUGGGGCAGGCGCUGAGGCUAGAGAAGGGAGAGGCAGCUCUUCCCUGAGUUGGCUGUCAUCAGGCUGCGGCCCCCCCUCACCCCCUGACUCAGAGCCGGGAGAGAAACCACAGCAUUACCACAGCGUUAUUGUGACAGCCAUGAACCCAUUGCCCACAACCCCCCCCCCCCCCGUCCUUGGUCGCCCUGACCUCUGGCUCUGAGCCCUGUUCUGACAAAAUCACGAUGAUGAGUAUUUGGGGGUGGGUGGGUAAGGGGGGGAGUGGGAGGGGAUGGAACCAACUUUUUCUGUAUUUUGUAUUGUAUGUUUUCUUCAACAUGUAACCAAUCAGUAUCUUGUCAAUAUAGUCAGCCGAUCGAUCGAC